AUGGCUAUUCGCGGCUCCGACAUUUGCUUGAUACUGAUUGCUAUCAUCUUCCCCCCUGCCGCGGCAGCGAUGAUUACGGGUUGCAGCUGCGACCUGCUCAUCAACAUUUGCUUGACAAUUCUUGGAUAUCUCCCUGGUCACAUCCACGCCUUCUGGCUGAUCUACAAGAAGAUGCAGGCUGAGGAGCGUUAUGGUCGGGGUGGCUUCCGCUACGUCGGAAGUGGCCAGUACGAGCCUCUCUACGCCCAGCCAGGCGGCGUACCUCCGGGUGGCCCGAACUACGGUGCUACCGGCGGUGCGUACGUGCAUUAA